AGAGCCGGAUGAGAUAAACAAGCGAAUCAAUCAAUCGUUCGGACUUUGUAUUAUUUAUGAAAAAUUACGUAAUCACAUACGUAGAAAGCAGAGAAACAGAAGCCAAUCAGAACUCGCGUUGGUAGCAAACAGCGCACUCUGCUGGCGGAAAGUAGAGACUGUUGGCUACCAGCAGAGAGUCCCGAUUGGAUUUCUGCUGUUCUGCUUUUCUGCCGCCACUGUCUCGAUUAACCAAGACUCUUCCCAAGUGUAAUAUUAUUCAUUCGACAGAAAUAAACCAUGCCGAAGGUACGACGAAGCAAAAAGCCGCCGCCGGAUGGUUGGGAGCUGAUCGAGCCGACUCUGGAGGAAUUGGAGCAAAAGAUGCGCGAGGCCGAGACGGAGCCUCACGAGGGCAAGAGAAAACAGGAGUCGUUGUGGCCGAUAUUUAAGAUCCACCAUCAGAAGUCUCGAUACAUAUACGACUUGUUCUACAGGAGAAAGGCGAUCAGCCGCGAAUUGUACGACUACUGCCUGAACGAAAAUAUCGCCGACAAGAACCUGAUCGCCAAGUGGAAGAAGGUCGGCUACGAGAACCUGUGCUGCCUGCGCUGCAUUCAGACGCGGGACACGAACUUCGGCACCAACUGCAUCUGCCGUGUGCCGAAGGGUAAACUGGAGGAAGGCCGGAUAGUGGAGUGCAUACAUUGCGGUUGCCGGGGAUGCUCGGGUUGAGUGCGACGCCUACCCCGUGUCUCGAGUCCUUCGCCGCCAGUUUCUCGGGGGCGGAGGUAGACGACACC